AUGGCGCUGCACACGGAGACGUCGCGGUCCAGGCUCAUCAUCUACAACGCCAUCAUCGAGGACGCGGGCAUCUACCGCUGCCAGGCCACCGACGCCGGCGGCCACACCGAGGAGGCCUCGGUGGUGCUGGAGAUCUACCAGCGGCUGACGUUCCGCGAUGUUCAGUCACCGCAGGAGUUCCGCCACGGUGAGACGGCGGAGGUGGUGUGUGAUGUCAUUAGCUCGCCGGUGCCGGUGGUGGUGUGGUACUACCAGGACCGGGAGAUCACCGAGGAGCACAACAGCAAGUUCCAGUUGUUGCCCAACAACAACCUGCAGAUCCACCAGGUGACCAAGGCCGACGAGGGCGUGUACCGCUGCGAGGCCAGCGUCGAGGCCCGCGGGGAGAUCGACUUCGUGGACAUCGCCGUGGUCGUCAACGUCCCUCCGGUGUUGUCCGUGUCCCAGCAGUCCUUCAACGCCACAGCCGACUACCAGGAGUCGGUCACCUUUACCUGCAUCACCUCUGGAUCUCCCGACCCCGUGGUCACAUGGCACAGGAAAGGGCAGCAGCUGGUGCCGUCGGAGCAGCACGUUUUCAACAGGAUGGAGGGCGGACGCAGCAUGUUAACCAUCCGCAACAUCCGGCAGGGCGACGGAGGGACCUACUCCUGCAAGGCCACCAACAAGGCGGGAUCUCAGGAACGGGAGCUCUUCCUCAAAGUGUUCGUCCAGCCCCACAUCACCCAGCUGAAAAACGUGACAGCCGUGGAGGGCAGCGCCGCCAUGAUCUCCUGCGUGGCCGAGGGCGAGCCUCUGCCUGACAUUUCCUGGAGGAGAGCCAGCGACGGCCAGACCUUCGUGGACGGAGACAAGGGCCAAUAUGGGAGGUUCGAAGUUCGCGGUCGUCACGGCAAGUCCGUGUUGACCAUCAGCGGCGUGAGACUCACCGACUUGGGCCGAUUCGACUGCGAGGCGCUCAGCAGGAUCGGAGGUCACCAGAAGAGCAUGUUUCUGGAUAUCGAGUAUAUACCAAAGUUCCUGACCAACCACACCAUUUAUUACUCGUGGGAGGGCAAUCCGGUGAACAUCAGCUGCGACGUGAUGUCCAACCCGCCCGCCACCAUGCUGUGGAGGAGAGAGCGCUUCACCAUCUCGGCGGAGGGAACCGCCAACACUCGGGUUCACAGCCUGGAGGGCAAGUCUGUGCUGGAGGUCACUCCGAUGUCCGACAGAGACUUCGGCCGCUACAACUGCACGGCGAGGAACAACAUCGGCGUUCGAUACCAGGAGUUCAUUCUGGCCCAGGCAGACGUACCAUCGAAUCCCUACUCGGUCCGCCUCUCGGCCGUCUCCCAGCGCCUGGCGACCGUCACGUUCAUGAAGCCGGACUCUCACGGCGGCGUCCCCAUCAGCUACUACCUGGUCCAGUACAAGGAGGUGGGCUCGCAGGACUGGAGGGACGUCAAGUCGCACAGCGUCCAGACCACGGUGGUGCUGACGGGACUGGAGCCCAACACGACGUACGAAGUCCGAGUGGCAGCUGUCAACGGAAAGGGUCAGGGCGAGUUCAGCCACACGGAGACCUUCCAGACUUUACCCAUCCGAGAGCCGAGUCCGCCGGCGGUCCACGGGCAGAGAGGGAUGGGCAAGGCCUACCGGCUGGGGCUGGUGAAGCAGGACGACGGCGGGAUGCCCAUCGUGGAGUACAUCGUCAAGUACAAGACUGAUAAAGAGGAGCAGUGGAUGACCAAGCUGGUUCCGGGAGCCAACGACUUCGCCAUGCUGCAGCCGCUGCAGUGGAACACCAGGUACGAGGUGGAGAUCACGGCGCGCAACGUCAAGGGCCUGUCGGAGCCCACCUUCUACCAGUUCUUCAUGCCGCAGAAGCCCGACAUCACAGCAGAAUCCCUGUUCAGCGGCCUGGGGCUGGGGGCGGUGGUGGGCCUGGGCCUGGGAGCGCUGCUGCUGCUGCUGGUGCUGGUGGACGUCAGCUGCUUCUUCCUGCGUCACUGCGGCCUGCUGAUGUGCAUCACGCGCUCGCUGUGCAGCAAGAAGACGGCCACCAGCGGCAAGGGCAAAGAGAUCGAGGAGGGCAAGGCCGCAUACCUGAAGCUACCGCUGAAGGAAGAAAAUGGAAAAGAGUCUCUCAAGCCGGACACGAUUGAAAUCAAAGUGCACAGUGACAACAGCCUCCACACAAAGCCCGACGACAGCAAAGCGUAAAAAGGGCCGGUCCCCCUCCAUCGCCACCAAAAGAAACAUUCGGAUCACGAGACCAAAACCCAGACAAACUACAACACUGGAAGAUAGUGGAGACGAAUACCAUAUCUGUUUAUAACGAUGCCCCGGCGAACGGCAUGUGUACAUACAAAUAAUAGAGAGAAAAAUAGACAGGAAGGGAGGGUCAACCUUUUCGACACCCUGAGUGGUUAAUGUUCAAAACAUGGCGUCAGUGGAAAGCUCCUGUUGAUCAAUGAUUGUAUAUUAUUGUUUCUGUCACUUUCUGUUGUCUCUGAUUAUGCAGGUUUUUGUUUUUUUUCGGUUCACCCCACAUGCAGUUAAACGGCGUCUCGAGCCCCCAAACAAUCACAAGUGGAGGGUUGCAACCGCUCACCCCGCUGGUGCUGCUUUUGUUUGUUCCCCUUCAUCACAGCGAAUGCAUGGGCCGAACCCCGAGCGUUACACCAACCUUCUUUUUAUUUUUUAAAUGCCUUUCACAGCCAAGGUAGGUGUCUAGCUAAUCAGAGGCGUUUCGAGCUAGUUCUGGCUUCAGCACCAAAAACAAAGGCAAACAACUUUUAAAAGAAAAAAAAACAAAACAAAACAAAACAGGCUUUAUCUC